AUGAAUGCUAGUAGUAGCUGCUCGGACAUGGAAGCGAUUGCCACGUAUCUACCGCUUCGAAUCCUUCUAUUCUCAUUUAUCACCAUCGCUGUGGUCACUAUUCCAAUGAUAAUCUAUGUUAUCAAAAGAAUCAUCCGGAAUCCAUUGUAUCAUAAAAACACAAAAGUGGUGUUGGUGGCGCAUGCAAUUGCUCUGAUUGUGCAUUUUGCAGACAGGCUCAUCUUCCACGGUUGGGACCUCCACCGUUACAUCAUCAUACUUCCCGAUGUUCUAUCUCCUUGCGACAUCAUCUCCUCAUCCGAACGUUGCUUCUUCCUCCGAAUCAGUUUCAACUCAGCCAUGUGGUUCUGUGUAUGCACCACUCCUGCAUUAACCCUUGAACGAUACCUGGCCACCCGGAGAACCUUCUCCUAUCAAUCCGACAAACAUUCCUGGUCCCUGGUUCUUGGAUUUCAGUUUUUGUUGACUGCGUUUCUACUAGCGUUGAUUUAUUCUAAACAAAGUUUUGGAGGACAAGCGUUGUAUUGUAUGACCGCUAGUUCCAGUCUGCCUCUACAUGUGCUGGCGGUUUUUGUGAUCACAAUUAUCAUUCAAUUGGUUUCCAUCGGAUGGUAUAGACAUUUGGUGAAGAGGAAUGAGAAACUCCGCGAACUUCUCCAAAAAACCGGUGGCGACCUCAUACGAAAAUACCAAGUCGAAGAAACCCUCCGAGCCUUCCGCAUCCUUCAUCAACCCAUUCACCUUAUGUUCAUUUUCCAUUUCCUUUACAGUUCCGUCUCAUUUUUUGUCCUGUAUUUCAAUCCGUAUUUCUCGAGACCCUUGUACUUUUUCCUGAUGGAAGCUAACAUCUACCUUCCGGAAUAUUCUCUAGCGUUUGUUAUCACUUUUAUCAGAAUGGAGAACCGGGUCAGUGAUAAUAGCUCGCAGGGGCUGAGGAAGAGUAUCGAAAUUGAUACUGCAGUGUAUUUUGAGAAUUAUCAAAAGGAUUGGAAUUGA